GUAAUUCAAGGUGAGGGCGAGCGUUGUGAGUGAGUGAGCACGUGCGUGAUUGUUGUGUGUGCGCCUCGGGUGGAUUUUUGUUUUUAAGUUUCUAACAGCCGUCGUGUUUAUCCCCGAAUUCGCACGAAUUUUGUGCCGGUUGUUUUGUAUUCACAUAAACAACGUCCGCCAAAAACGCCGUUGCCAGCAACUUGCCAAAUUAGCACGUACAACUUGUUCGGGGUUAAUUCUGUGUGAGUGCGUAAAUACAGCCGAGCGACUCAUCAGUACAAUUUUACAGCUUGUUUCCCCUUUCACGGAGACGCGCACGGCAAUCACGUCAUGCUUGUUAACGUAAUUGGGGAAGAAGGAGUGAUAAAGGCCCCUUCCCAGGACGAGAGGAGGGCCUGUGGUUGGUAGCGGCGGCGGCGGCGCAGGAGAAUCAAAUUGUCCGCUCGGAUGAGGACGGGAGACGGGGCGGGGAGAGAAGCCACUCCUCCUCCCGGCUGCCCCCCCCCGACCCUGGCCUCGCUCUCUCGGGGUGUGGACGCGUUGCGUCUCGCCGCUCGUAGCUCCACGGCUGCCAUCUCCCGAGGUAUUAAAAUAAAAGGGCCGGGACCUAACCAGGCGUGGGAAGAAGACGAAGAAUAUCCUCACAGUACUGCUGGAAGGAGGGCAUAACGGCACGUGCAUUGCUCGAGUUAGUGUGUCAUCGCCGGGCGGACAGAAUCCAGUUACUUUUAAUGUCCUCGGAAGACUUCACAGAAUUCCCAGGACAACGGCUGCCUUAAAGAGAGGAUGAUGCUGGGAAUGCCAGGACAGGUGGCAACGCUAGGCCGCUAAAAGCCGUGCCAGGUGCUGUGCCGUAUCGGGGAGUGGUGGGGGCCCAGGAGAGAGAAGUGAAAGUGCCGAGCGUGCCCACACAAGCGCAUGGCAACGCGGUGCCGAGGGCCCUGCCCGUUUCCCAUGGGCUGGACCGUGACUGAAGAGGGCCUUUUUGGGGGUCGGAGGUCAGCUUGGGGUGCGCGGCAGCUCUCAUCCUCCUCCUCCUCUGGGCAUUGCAUGGACGCCACUCGCCAGCAGAUCCGUGGCCUCACUCGCUGACGCCAGGGGUGAAAGCACUGAGACCCUGGGGAGAGAGUGAGAGACCCCCUCUACCGUGGAAGAUGAAGGGUGGAUUUGUUUUGGCUUGAAUCGCGCAAACUCUGGAAACCGGACGACUGCCGUGAUCAUCGCAGAUCUUUUUUGCGUGCUCGUAAUUAGGAAUACAAAUCUACCGUGUCGGAAGACCCUGACUUGAAGCUGAACAUAAAUACCGGGAUAUUGUUUUUUUGGUUUGACUUGUGCGAAGGCUCAGUGGGUUCAAUGUUUUUUUUCCACUUGUGGUGGGAGUGCCAACGACUGUUUGGCUGUGAAGCAUAGCUGAGCAAACUGAAUCCAGCCACAUUACUGCGCCCUCCCUCGCUAAACCUUCACUGUGCUUCACUCUACUCUUCCGUGGCCACGGUCGUGGCUUAGGACGGUGGCCGCUGGCAAGCGGUCGCUGCUGCAGCUCACCCCCCGCUCGGAAACGUCGCGCUGCAAUGAUACAAACCAAGCGACGGGGUGCGCAGCGUUCGCGCGGCAGCGCCCGGUGAACCGUCCUGGCAGACAGUGCAUGGGACUCGCAACCGCCGCCCGUCGUCCUCCUCCGACGAUGCUACCUGCGCCGCUGACGCCGAGUCCAGAAGUUCCACGGAGGCAAGCGGGGGGCAGCGCCCGACGCCCUUCCCCGUGCUAGCGUCGCGCAGUGUUUGGACCAUCGAUGACCACAUCGGAGGCGCGACGGGGCUGCGAAUAUCGCUGAGGGAGCGUGUUCGACGCCGUGGGGGCAUGCGGGCGCGCGCGUGAGGACGCUCGCGCGCGCUCGUGUGCGAGGACCGGACCCGACCCCGGUCGCCGGCCGCGGUGACCAUGGCCAGCAGCAGCAGCCUUAGCAACGGCGGUGGCGGCGCCGGCGGAGGAGGAGGCUUCGUCGGGCCGAAUGGCGCCAGCGGAGGGUUUCCCAUGCCCGUGCCGUACCCCUUCCUCUUCCCGGCGAGUUUCCCCGGAUCGCUGGCGGGACACUACCGGCAGCAGCAGCAGCACCAGCAGUACCAGCAGCACCAGCAGCAGCUGCAGCACCAGCAGCUGCAGCACCAGCAGCAGCGACUCCAACAGCACCACCUGCGCAGUCCGCAUCCGCCCGCUAGCCUUGCCCCCGUGCUGCUGCCGCCUCCUCCGCUGCCCAUGGGAUGUGGUCGGAGCUCUUCGCCCAGCACCAUCGACACGCAGAGCAGCAGCAGCGGCUCGGAGGAGUUGCUGCCCAGCCCUCCCUCGCCUCCGCCUCCACCACGCACCUACAAGCCAUGCUUCGUGUGCCAGGACAAGUCCUCCGGCUACCACUACGGCGUCAGUUCCUGCGAGGGAUGCAAGGGCUUUUUCCGCCGGAGCAUCCAGAAGAACAUGGUGUACACAUGCCACCGGGACAAGAACUGUGUCAUCAACAAGAACACGCGCAACCGCUGCCAGUACUGCCGCCUGCAGAAGUGCUUCGAGGUCGGCAUGUCCAAGGAGGCGGUGAGGAACGACCGCAACAAGAAGCGGAAGGAGGCGCCGGUGGCGGUGGCGGCGGCGGUGCGCAGCCCCGAGGUGCCGCCUGAGCGGCACGAGCUGAGCUGCGAGCAGGAGCAGCUGGUCGACAAGAUCCGCAAAUCUCACCAGGAGACUUUCCCGUCGCUCUGCCAGCUUGGCAAGUACACCACGAACUCAUGCGCGGACCACCGCGUGCAGCUGGACCUGGGCCUGUGGGACAAGUUCAGCGAGCUCUCCACCAAGUGCAUCGUCAAGAUCGUGGAGUUUGCCAAGCGCUUGCCGGGGUUUCCCAGCCUGACCAUCGCCGACCAGAUCACGCUGCUCAAGGCAGCCUGCCUGGAGAUUCUGAUCUUGAGGAUCUGCACGCGCUACACGCCGGAGCAGGACACGAUGACGUUCUCGGACGGGCUGACGCUCAACCGCACGCAGAUGCACAACGCGGGAUUCGGGCCGCUCACCGACUACGUGUUCGCCUUCGCGGCUCAGCUGCUGCCGCUGGAGAUGGACGACGCGGAGGCCGGGCUGCUCAGCGCCAUCUGCCUCAUCUGUGGAGACCGGCAGGACCUGGAGGACCCACACAAGGUGGAGCGGCUGCAGGAGCCGCUGGUGGAGACGCUGAAGUUGUAUGUGAGGCGACGCCGGCCCACCAAGCCGCACAUGUUCCCCAAGAUGCUCAUGAAGAUCACCGACCUCCGUGGCAUCAGCGCCAAAGGUUCGGAACGCGUGAUCACGCUGAAGAUGGAGAUCCCAGGCUCCAUGCCGCCGCUCAUCCAAGAGAUGCUCGAGAACAUGGACAACGCGGAGGAGCUGUCGCCGGCGCCCGCGCCGGUGGUCUGCAAGGGCAGCGGCGCGGCCGACCUGUCGGACACGCGCGUCACGACCGCAAGCGAGGAUACCGGUGACGGCGAUGCCGAGGACGUGAAGCCCGGCAAGAGGGCCCUGGACGGUCUGGAGUCUCCGCCUUGCUUGGCUGUGCCCGUGGGACAGACGUCGCUUGCGCCACCGUUUUGAUGAAGGACGGGGGGGUGGGGGGUAGCCCCCCGACCUCGUCUGGCCGCUGUGACUCUGCGGCUGGAACGUUCAGAUUUCUUGAAACGGCAAAUCUUGAAUAAAAUAACGUGGGUUUCACCGGAUGGUUCCGGAGGACGAGCACGAUUGCUCGACGGCGGACAUUAUCGGCAUGUUCUGUUUGUCUCGAAAUGGGCUGGUGCAAAGAAAAAAAAAGUAGAGAAAGGUUGAGUUAUUCACGAAUAAAAAUUGGCCAAAUAACGUACAGGGUUGAAAAAGUUGUAAAUUGCACAGGAAUGCUCGGAAGAGGCUGACCAUCAGCCAGGCUGUUACAAUCGUAUGAAAGUAAAUACAGGGUUUUCACUUGGCGAGAAGGAAAGGUUGAUUUGUUUUUAAGUAGGAACGUACUGAGGCGAAUUUCACCCUUGGUGCAAAAGGGAUUUUAAUGAUGUGGAAAGUUUUAGCUUAGUGGUCUCUCAAGCAAGACCUUGGACAUUAAUUGAGGACCGGCGACUGGAGACGGUGCACUUACGGAGAAAAUUGUGGAGAAAUGUGCUUGAAGAGAAUGACUGGAUAGUGAAGCUGAACUGAACCAGCUCGGCACACACGCCAUGAGCUCCUUAAUUCCAUGAGUGUCCGCUACAAGGACAUCGUUUGGAACAGCAGACUGCAUGAAAAUGUUUGUCAGGAAACAUUGACGGUUGUCUUUUUUAUUUUUUUCUCAAUUUCUCUUUUUUUGUUCUAAUUAAAUGGAAUGUACGCAACUGUAUUUGUGUCCAUUUAUGAAUUUGUAUGAUAUUUAUGUAAUAUUUUAAAAUGGUUUUCAUUGCAGCCUUCAAGCAUUCAGUUUGCAGUAUAAAAAAUCCAAUCGGUCAAACUUACCAGACAAGAUUAUUCGACCAACAGUUUUAGGUUUUCGUGACCUAAUCACUUCACACGUGGGUUUACGAGAAAGUCAUUGGUUGAGAAAGUAAAUUUUUACUGGCAGUAUAUUUUUGUUAUAUCAAACAAAAUCAUAUUAAGCUACAACGCAAUCUGCAUUAAAUUCCUGUACAGAUUAAGACGCUUAUAUUGAACCUUUUUAAUUUUCUCAUCAUAAUGCAUUAUUCGCCUGGAAUACAGUGUCUGCAGAUGUCUUUUGGAGAUGCUGCAAUCAGGUAUAAAGCAGAUAUUUUUAUUUUUGUAACUGCUAAAAUAUCCGUUGCUGAUGUAUCGCUGGCUUGAAAUCACACCCCCCCAGUGUGUACAGCGUGUCCAUGUUAGGGCGCCGCCACCACCACGGGGUCUCUGCGCUCACGGGAAGGCGUCGCUCGUUCUUUAUCUGCCACCAAGUCGGAGCCGAGUGGAGCUCGGUCGUAUCCAGGGCUUAAUGUUGCACUGAAUAUUGCCUGGGUCACCGGUAAUACUCGAUUAAGUGGCACGUGACUCGAAAUCACAGAUUUUUGUGAGUGGCAUACUGGAUGUGGUGUGCUAGAUGCGGAAAUAUUUUCCGGGUCACGGAAAAUACAGAAGUAGGUGGCGCGUGACUAAUGGCCACAGCCAUAGUGAGAGGUAUUGUGGAUGUGGUCUACCGGGCCUGGAAAUAUUUCCCCAGGUUGCUGGUAAGACUGAAGUAGGUGGCAAAUGAUGAGUAGCCAACAGCCAUAUUGAACGGUAUACUGGAUGUGGCAUGCCGGGUGCGGGAAGCAUUUUCUGGGUCACCGAUCCCAGCUGGAUUUGAGCCCCGGUUGCAUCGCGCGCACGCCCUUCAUGUGGUGCCAGCGUGCCGCUACUGUUGGAGCUUCACGGCGUCCGUCGCGCACACGCGGAUUUCCUUCGGCCGGAGCUUCCACGACCCCGCCUGCUUUUGUACACUUUGCUAACUGUUUGUACUGCGUCUCCUCGAGUCGGCAAAGGCGGACCAAUUUGAACAGAAUAAAUUUGACUGUGCGUACA